AUGAUGGAAGAACCUAUUCCUUCUCGUAUAGCCUAUACGGAAAAGGUUUCAUCUCGUAAGCCACUCACUACCACCUCAAGUAGUAGUAGUCCAAAGAAGAAUUUGGCUUCACUCUCUCUCCCUCACUAUUCCGUGAUCAUGAUGAACCACACGAAUGGCUACCAUCAGGAAUCUCCUCUCGACUAUUACUAUGAUCAACAAGAACAACAGGGAUUUCAUGUCAACGGAAGUACGAGUAGUGGUCAUACAACGACAGCAACGAGUACUCUACGGGGCAACAACAAUAACUCUGGCUCUUUGAAAAGUUCAUCCAACGACCACCACAAACACAACAACAACCAUCAUCAUCAUCAGCACUACCUUGAGGAAGAACCUCAUUCUUCUUCCACGCUCACUUUCAAUCCAUCCCAACAACAACAAGCCUUUUUGAAGAAUCAAAAAAAGAGCGUAAAUCUCUCCUCAGCAACACCACCAGUACCACUCGCAACGUCCAUGAAGAAUUUUGGCAAUUCUUCAUCGACGCCGUUAUCAUCGUUACCUUCAAGCACAGCUUGUCAUGGGCCGGUCAUAAAGACUGGAGUUGAAAUGACUAGUGUUGGGCAGAAAUCUGCUUAUACUUCAAAUUCUCCAGUUUCGGAAAGGAAUAACAACUGUUACCGUAUCAUGACGGAUCAUCAAGAACAUCAACACAAUGAUCUAGAGAGAUAUGGUCAUGAUAAUGACGUUGAUGAAUAUUAUGGAAAUGAUGAGAAUGAAGAAGGUUUUAAUAUUAGGCCAAAUUCAAGCCAUUUUGAAGAGGAUGAUUUUCCAAGUUUUGAAAACGAGCAUGACAAUGAACAAGAUGCUUCUCUCUCGGAACAAUAUAAUCUUAAAACAAUGCUUACCAAUAAUGGUGACGAAAAACACCAAGAAGAGCACACUUCUGAAAACCUUACUCCAGCCAAUGACAUUGACCGAACCUUUUACAAAUGCAAUGAUAAUGAGACAAUAAUUAUUCGAUCUUAUAAUUACAAGACUGAUGACAAACAAGUGAACAGGAUAUUUGUUGAAGGAAUUAAGUCUAUUGUACCCAGCUACUUACAAACCUUUUAUUUAUUUAUUCACUAUUUUGGAAUUGCUAAAGUUUUUUGUUUCCUGUCACUAUUUUAUUUAGUGACUUUUGGAAUUCAUGUGGCAAUUUUGAAAAUGCUUUUCAUAGAUGAGAAUCACACAAUUGUUAACCAUUAUCCAUAUUACUCACUCUUUGGGCUGUCACUAUCAAACUCUGCUUCAACCAUUUUGUAUUCAGCUCUUUCCACUGUGAUAUUAUGCACAAGUACGAUCAUUCUUGUACUUUGUGGUCUAUCGAAAUAUGUUGAUUACAGUGCAAGAUCAUACAUUUAUCAGUCAUUUAAAUAUAGUGACAUGGCUAACAUUAUGAAAUAUUAUAUUUGGGAUGAGGACAACCAUUUCUGGGUUGCUGAGAAAGCUUCUACAGGUGAAAUUGUUGGAACUAUCGGCGUUCGAAAGAAACAUGAUUCAGAAGGAUGUGUCGAGCUGAAGCGAAUGAGCGUUGCGAACUCCAUGAGACGAAAGGGAAUAGCGUCCUUAAUGCUGAAUCAUCUCAUUCAAUGGAGCAAAGAAAAAGGAUAUAACGCCAUCGUUCUAUCUACAAGCUCACUUCAAGUGGCAGCUGUGAACUUUUAUCAAAAGAAUGGUUUCACACUCGUCAAGCUGAAAAGACAUUCAAGGUUUUUACCUACAGCCCAUCUUACAUUCGAGAAACAUUUAACCAACUCAACCACUCCUCCAGAAUACAUCUCCACCAAACAUCAAUGA